AUGCCCCGGUUCUUUAGACGUCUGUUCAAGUUCCCGCAGAUGGAUUUCGAAAUGGCCGUCUGGGACAUGACAAGUCUGAUCGUUGCUCCCAAAAAGGUCUUCCGCCAGGUCUAUUACCACAAGCAAACCCGCAAUACGUGGCACACAGCAGACCCCUCCUUCACCUACUUGCUCUCCUUCUUCCUGCUCCUGACUGCACUGGCCUGGGGUCUGGCCUACGCCGAUGGCUUCUCAAAAACUUUACGCAUAACCCUCGUCUUCAUCUUCGGCCACUUCCUUCUUACUUCGCUGCUCGUCUCGACCGCUGCAUACUUCCUCGUCGGAAAGCUACUGGCUGGCUUGUUUGGUCCAGGAAGUGAUACUGUGGAGCAACUCGAGUUUGGAUAUUGUUUCGACGUCUCGAUCCGCGCUUUCUUCCCAGUUUGGGUAUGGCUGUACGUCGUCCAGUUCCUGCUCAUGCCAAUAAUCUCGCGCGACUACUGGCUCUCGCUCUUCUUUGGCAAUCUUUUGUAUCUGGUCGCUUUCGGCUACUACUUUGUGGUCACUUUCCUCGGUUACAACGCUCUUCCUUUCUUACAUCAUACUCAGCUGCUCUUGACGCCUGUGGUCGCAUUUGCCAUCUUCUGGGUCAUUAGCUUGUUCGGACUCAACCUGCCGAAGCACUUUGCUCCUGUACUAUGGGCUGGUGCUGAUUUGCGCAAGUCUGUAUGA